AUGUUUUUGAAUCUUUUGAUCGAAUGGGGUCGAUACUCCAGAGGAGGGUGUGUUGGGUUUGGCCAUGAUGAAGCUACGGCUACUAAUACUGUUGCCCCAUCAGCAACUGCUCCUAAAAAGCAAUGUUGGUGUGAUGGGGUUUGGAUUCGGGGCAUGAGAGUGUUAGGGAAGAGAAAGGAGCGUGAGGAGUGGGAAGGUAGCUACACUCUACGCUACACUACUAUUCCAUUUUCCUUGGGGGAUGGCAGUGGCAGAGAUACGGAUACAGACAGAGGUUUUGAUGUAUUGGGUUUGCGACUAAUAAAGCCUCGUGAUCGGAGAAGGCAGAUCCGUGGAAGAAUACUGUUUCCACUAGGACCAGUCCAAUUAAUAUCGGCCAAGGCAAUGAUGCAUCGCUGUUGCGGGAACUCUCAGGCUCACGUGAUGGGCACGUGCACAUGCGCCAUGUUUCACAGCGAAACUAACUCCUACUCGAUGCUCUUUUCUAUGCCUAUGCCCAACACCCACGGUCCCUAUGAUGAUUACGAACACGACAUGUAUUCCUCCUACACGCCCUCUCCUUCUUCCGUGGACUGCACGCUCUCCCUUGGUACCCCCUCCACGCGUUUCACCGAAGACGAGGAGAGACGAAGCCGCCACGAACGUCGCUCUUCCGUCUCCAACUUUUGCUGGGACUUGCUGCAAUCCAAACACACCACCCAAUCUCAAACCAAUAAAUCCAGUAGGGGAAGCAAUGCCACUUCCAACAACGACCCUCUUCUCGCUCGUCGCUGCGCCAACUGCGACACUACUUCCACUCCCCUCUGGAGAAACGGCCCUCGCGGCCCGAAGUCACUAUGCAAUGCUUGCGGGAUCAGAUAUAAGAAGGAAGAAAGAAGAGCGACCGCUGCCGCCGCCACGUCAGCGGCUGCUCCCGGCGGCGUAAUAGAAUCGGCGCGCACGUACGGCCACCAAAGCAAUUCUUGGUACGCACACUCGCAGAUGGGUAACGAGUUACGCUUCAUGGAGGAUUCCGAUGAUAGAGACUCGGAGAAUGGCAUUCCGUUCUUCUCUUGGAACCUUAACGUUCCAGACCGAACGAGCCUCGUGCACGACUACACGAGAUGA